AUGAGAAAGUUGAGAGAGGAAAUAAAAGAGUUAAGAGAGGAGCUAAGAAAGUGGAGGUUGGACGAACGCAGAGCAAGAGCGGAGAACACAACAAGAGGGGAGACAGAAAUUGGAAAAGAGAAAAAGGAGGAGGAAGAAGAGAAGUACAAGGGACCAGAAAACGAAGAAAUCAGGGGUAUGGAAAGGACGUGUUACGUUGUGGGGAACGUCACGACGCCAGUAGCAGCAAUCAGGUUGCCGAUACUCAUCGUUGAAGAUUCAGUCAAGGCUCAACGAGAAGCAGAAGCUGAGGAUAGUUCUGGACGAUCAGAUCAGAAUUCUGGACAAUUAGGUGCAGCAGGCGUCGUCCAAUUACAGUCCUCAAAAUUUGGGUCGUCCACACCUGUUAGGGCGCUCCAAAAAAGAUUAGAGGCGAACACGGGUUUGCAUGAGAAAUUUAAUACUAUCCAAUCAAAGAUAGAGUUAUUAGUAAUGGGAACAGAUUCAGAAGCAACACAUAUUGCAGAAAGAGAGAAUUUUGAGACUGCGUAUUUUGAUUUGAUCGCGCGAGUCGAGGAAUAUAUUGAGAGAGCCUCCGGUGUACGAUCUAGACCAUUGGAGACCGUAGCGGGCGGUUCAGCUACACCAUGUACAGUAUCUGAUGCACAGCCUACUGUGAAGUUGCCUACUAUUCAGUUGCCGUCAUUUGACGGAGAUUAUAAUGAUUGGGUCAGGUUUCGGGAUACAUUUAUGUCUUUGAUUGAUUCGAAUGAUUCAAUGACGAAGGUGCAGAAAUUUUAUUAUCUAAAUUCUGCUCUCGGGGGUUCAGCGGCUCGUGUGAUUAGAUCAUUGGGAAUUUCAGAAGCUAACUAUAAAUUGGCAUGGGAUGUACUUAAAGCGAGGUAUGAGAAUACGAGUGCUUUAAAGCGGCAUCAUGUUAAUGCGUUGUUGGAUUUGCCAACGCCACAAAAGAAUUCUCAGGCGUCUGUACGCGAGUUUAUUGAUGAUGCAACAAAUCAUUUGAUAGCUUUGCGUGCAUUGAAGGUUAGUGUGGAUGCUUGGGACCCCCUGAUUGUUCCGAUUUUGUCCAGGAAAUUGGACAUAGCUUCUUCAAGGGAAUGGGAAAAACGUGUAGCCUCAGUUUCGGGUGAUACUACGUUUAAAAUGUUCGCGGAAUUUUUAGAGGAAAGAUCAACUUAUUUAGAAAGUGUUGCGGUCAAUAAUCAGGUAACGGGAAAUCGAGUAGAAACACAGCCACAAAGUUCGACUACUCGUAAAUCACCGCGAGUAACGUCGCAUAUGGUUAGUAAAACACCAAGUUGCUUAUGUUGUCAGUUAGAACACGCAUUGGCUAAUUGUGACAAAUUCAAAAAGAUGGGUGUUAGAGAAAGAACGAAGCAUGUACAGGAAUCGCAACAUUGUUUUAACUGUUUGCAGCCAGGGCACAGAGUUCAAGGUUGCACGCGCAAUCACUGCAAAAUUUGUAAAAGGAAACAUCAUCCCUUAUUGCAUCGCGAUGAUCUCCAUUCAGUACAGUCAGGUACAAGUAAAAAAUCAGAUGUAACAAAAUUAGACGCGGCGACUUCAGAAGUGACGAAUUCGGAAGUCACAAACCCGGAAGUAGUGUUAUCAUGCAUAUCAGAUCAGAACAGGUCUUUGCAGAAUGCGAUUCUCGCCACAGCUGUAGUGUCCGUUCAAGACAAUAUUGGGUACGAUCAUGAAUGUCGGAUACUCUUGGAUUCGGGAUCACAGGCUAAUUUCAUUACGGAUGCAUUCUGUAAAAGGUUAGGAUUAAAACUAUGUCCAUUCGAAGCAGAGAUAGCACUGUUAGGAUCAGUCGUCAAAUUAAUUAAGGGAAAGUCCGAAAUAAAGAUACGUUCAAGGCACAAUAAUUUUCAAAUUAGCGUUCUGUGUUAUUCAGUUAAGAAAAUUACAGAUGACAUGCCUAAUUUUCCGAUUCAGAGGGGCGCGAUUUUGAUACCCUCAAAUAUAACUUUAGCUGAUUCAAAAUUUGAAGAAAGUCGACAGAUAGAUAUGCUUGUGGGUUCAGGAAUAUUUUGGAAGUUAUUGUGUGUAGGACAACAAAGAGCAGGUCCCAGCUUGACAUGGCAGAAGACUCAUUUCGGAUGGGUUCUCGGAGGAAUUUUGACCUGGCCAACCAAUAAUACCCAAACGACCAACAGAUGUCAUUUAGUGACGAACUGUGAUUUACACGCGCAAUUAGAGAGAUUCUGGAAGGUCGAAGAGCUAGAUUCCGAGUUUAAGAAUACAAUGAAUGAAUGUGAGAUACAUUUUACAGAAAAUACGCGUAGAGAUUCUACCGGACGAUAUAUAGUGAAGAUACCAUUUUUAGAAACCAUAAACAAUUUAGGAGAUUCUCGCGAACAGGCGGAAAAGCGUUUGCGCGCAUUAGAGAGACGGUUUGUGAAACAGCCAGAAUUACGCGACCAUUAUAUUAGCUUCUUGAGAGAAUACGAAGAGUUAGAACAUAUGACUCAAAUCAGUGAGUCAAACGAUGAUAGGCCUGCAUAUUUCUUACCGCACCACGCAGUCUCUAAGGAGACUAGCACAACUACAAAAAUACGUGUUGUGUUCGAUGGUUCAGCAAAGUCUACUACAGGUCUGUCAUUGAAUGAUGUACAGAGGAUAGGGCCAGUUGUCCAAAACGAUUUAGUGACCAUCCUUAUUAGGUUCAGAAUACACCGGUGUGUGUUGUCUGCUGACAUCACUAAGAUGUAUAGGCAAAUUUUAGUCGAUUCAACGCACCGGAGAUAUCAGCGUAUUCUGUGGAGAGAAAACCCCGAUCAGCCGAUUAAUGUAUAUGAGUUAAAUACUGUUACUUAUGGAACUGCAUCUGCCCCAUUUUUAGCAACGCGUGUUUUGCGUCAGGUCGGGUUAGAUAAUUUAGAAAGGUACCCGAAUGCAAGUAGGGUUAUCAUGGACGAUUUCUAUGUCGAUGAUUUAUUGACAGGCGCGGAAACACCAUCAGAGAUACGACAAUUAAAGAAUGAAUUGUCUAAGAUACUAGGUCAGUCAGGUUUUCCAUUGCGGAAGUGGGCCACAAAUUGUCAAUUUAUUCUGGAAGAAGAUUCAAAUCUGGAAGUAAACAAGGAACUCGCGGCUGAAAGGGACCCAAAAACUCUUGGGUUAAUAUGGGCAACAAAGGCAGACACCUUACAGUGGUCAGUUUCACAGUCAGAUACGAAACGCGUCACGAAACGUAUUAUAUUGUCAGAAAUUGCAAAGAUCUUUGACCCAUUAGGCUUGGUAGGACCUGUUAUUAUACAGGCAAAGAUAUUAAUGCAACGAUUAUGGCAACUUCAGACAGGAUGGGAUGAAUCAGUGUCCCAAGAAUUGUAUUUAGAAUGGCUACGAUAUCGUUUAGAAUUAGAGCAAUUAGUCAAUAUUAGAGUCCCACGAUGCACUAUAGUAAGCAAAUACAAUAGAAUAGAAUUACAUGGUUUUUCAGAUGCCUCUCAGGAGGCAUAUGGGGCAUGUGUUUACCUGCGGUCAGAAAUGAAGCCAGGCACGUGGGAGGUUCAGCUAUUAUGUGCAAAAUCCAGAGUUGCACCUUUGCGAUCAGUUUCAAUACCUAGAUUAGAAUUGUGCGGAGCAUUAAUUUUGGUCCGAUUAAUUAAGAAAGUGAAGGAAUCACUUCCAUUGACGAUAUCGGUUGAAAGAUAUUGGACGGAUUCAACCAUUGUAAUAGCUUGGAUAAGUAGUCCACCUAAUAAAUGGAAGACCUUUGUUGCAAAUAGAGUUGCAGAAAUUCAGAGUAUCACGUUAAUUGAUAAUUGGAGUCAUAUUAGCUCAUUAGACAAUCCAGCAGAUAUUAUAUCUAGAGGAAUGACUCCUAGUGCAUUGGUGACGAGCACCCUUUGGUGGUCAGGGCCCACCUGGCUAUCUCGGGAUGCACGUCACUGGCCGGUCUCAGGUAUUAGUACAACAGAAGUACCUGAGGCUCGAGCUGUAAAGGUUUCACUUGCUGUUUUAGAUCCAAGUAAGUAUUCCAUGUUUGGAAAAUAUUCAGAGUAUUCCAGGCUAUUGCGGGUGGUUGCAUUCUGUCUGAGAUUUAUUGAUAGGAUACGGAAUAAUGCCUCACUGACUGGAGGAGCAACUCAAAACAGAUUAUCGUGUUUAGAGAUAAAUCGUGCAAGGGUAACGAUAUUCAAAUUAGUUCAGGAAGAAACAUUCCACGAUGAAUUGAUAGAAUUGAAGAGGGGUGAAAUGGUCUCAAAAAGGAGUUGUCUUUAUUCGCUUAGUCCAUUCCUGGAUGAAGGAGGAUUAAUCAGGGUGGGCGGUAGACUUGUGAAUGCACCCAUUAAGUAUGAUAAGAGGCAUCCAAUUGUUUUGCCUGCUAAACAUUCGUUCUCAGACCUCGUAAUUAGAUACGAACAUAUCAGAUUAUUACAUGCCGGUUGUCAGCAGGUGUUGGCGUCACUGCGAGAAUCAGUCUGGCUCAUAAAUGCGCGGAAUAAUGUUAGACGGGUAGUAAGAUCGUGCGUCAGGUGCUUUCGGGUUAAGCCAAGCGCUAUAGAAACUUCAAUGGGUCAGUUACCUGCUUCCAGGGUGACUCCGGCACGACCGUUUAUGACCUGUGGAGUCGAUUAUGCAGGUCCCUUUUUGACAAAGGAACGAACAAGAAGUAAGAUAUCUGUGAAGGCCUAUAUAUGUAUUUUUGUAUGCUUCGCUACAAGGGCAGUGCAUAUAGAGCUGGCAACAGAUCUGAGCACCGAGGCAUUCCUCAAUUGUUUCCGUCGGUUUAUAGCUCGACGCGGUAGAUGUAAAUGUAUAGUUUCCGAUAAUGGCACUAACUUUGUUGGAGCAAUAAAUGAAUUUAGGGAUUUGAAGAUCCUACUUAAGAAUAAGGAUCACAAUUCAGACAUUUCAUGUUUUUUGUUAAAUGAAGGUAUAGAAUGGAAAUUAAUUCCUCCACAUGCACCUCACUUUGGUGGGCUUUGGGAGAGUGCCGUAAAGUCCGCAAAAUAUCAUAUUAAAAGAGUAAUAGGUGACCAAAGGUUAACCUUUGAAGAGCUUUACACAUUCUUGACGCAGGUAGAAUCUUGUUUAAAUUCCCGUCCAAUUAGUCCUUUAUCUGUGGAUCCGCACGACACAAAUCCGUUGACUCCAGGUCAUUUUUUGAUCGGCGACGCCCUGUGUGCAUUGCCAGACACUGAUUUGAGGGACGUUGCUGUGAAUCGCCUGAAUCGCUACCAGUUAAUUCAGCAGAUGUUUCAGCAUUUCUGGCAGCGAUGGCAUAAGGAAUACCUCCAUCAAAUGCAACAAAAAUGGAAAUGGCGUACUACCUCGCAGCAGCAACCAGCUGUAGGGACAUUGGUCAUCAUCAAGGAAGACAACUCUCCCCCCUUACGAUGGUGUCUUGGCCGAGUUGUGCAGACACACAAAGGAAAGGAUGGAGUGAUACGCGUGGUCACUGUCAGGACCGCAGAUGCUACAUAUAAACGACCAAUAACGAAAAUAUGUAUAUUGCCUAUAGAGGACAAUUUAAAACAGAGCCAUGUACCAACUUAG